CCUCGUGCCCACCAUAACGAGUUGUCCGUCUCUAGAAGUACUAGUUUACCUACUUACAUCACGGGCUGAGGGGGAACUUUCGGCCGUCACAGUCCAUCUACUGUACAGUUAGCCGAUGACCCCGCCGCUAGAUCCAGUCCACCUGUAUCAUGGUUCGAUCCCUAGAAAACUGCCGGCCUAGUAACUGAGGGUCAUAGGUAAGAGAGGUGAGAGGUUAGUACGGCGGGUGUGAGAAAUCGGAUCGCGGGGUGUCAUUCGUGAAGGCCAUACCUUCAAGUAAGUAGCGAAUGGCAAGUGUGGUCUAUAUAAAUCUAUGUUCAACUGAGGUGGCCCAACCAUCAUAAGGUGAGCCCCCAUCUGUCUUUCUGUAAAACGCCAAACCCACGGAGCCGCAUACAAUACCUGCCGGAGCCUACUAAGCUUCGUCUGCACUGCAACCUCCAACCCGGUCUCCGCAGCUACUACAUAUGCAGGAGAGGUCUGGCAAUCCAUUAAGCUUCCAAUCUUAAGCUUCAACAGUCCCUGCAGACUGCGCGUUCCGCCUGCAUUUAUCCUGGAGGUUUCUAGUUCGAGUCAGGAUAGGGAUUGAUUUGAUUGACUUUAAUCACGCAGGUGCAUAAUGACAUCAGAAAGCAAGCAAGAAGCGCAGCACGGCGAUUUUCGCCAAUAUCUACCGGACCUUAGCACCCCGCGCUUCACCACCAUAGCGCAAAACAACGCCCGGGGCCACGCAGAAGAGUUGAAGGGAAAACAAGCUCCGCCGUGGCUGUAUGGGCUCUACACGCACUGGCGGAAGCUACUUCAAGAGCCCUUUAAGGGCAUCACAAAUGACGGCAUUGUCCGACCGGGUCUCUACAAGAUCCGUGACGAAGGUGUGCCGGUCGAGCGCAUCGUGGCCGCCGCGCAAAAGGUCGUGGACCAGCUCACCCCCUCGCAGAUGUCACAGACACUCUUGCACAUCGACUCACCAGAGUGGCGGACCUGGUCGAAUCCAGAGUUCUUGAUCAGCGACAAGGGGAUCCGGCUAGACGAGAUCACCCCAGCGCUGCGAGACGCUGUACUCGACGUGUUAAAAGAAACGCUUUCUCCAGAAGGUUACGAGAAAGCCCUCGGCGCGAUGCGCAUCAACCAUUUCCUCGGCGAGCUCGUGAACGCGCCGCGCGUGAUGAACGAGCACAGCUACAACUUCGUGCUAUUCGGCGCCGAGCCCUCGACCACACGACCAUGGGGCUUCUCCUUCUACGGGCAUCAUCUAUGUCUUAGCGUGUUUCUGUAUAAGACACAAAUUGUAGUAUCGCCGUGGUUCACGGGUGCGGAACCGAAUAUCGUCGACGCUGGCCCGUAUCAAGGCACGCGCAUCCUUGAUGUUGAAGAAAGAUUGGGAUUGCAGCUCAUGCAGAGUCUUGGGAACGAUGUCCAGGAUAAGGCGCGUACGUAUAAGUUGAUGAAAGACCCUGCUAUGCCGAAGGGGCGAUGGAAUCAUGAUGAUCAGAGACAUCUGUGUGGUGCGUAUCGCGAUAACCGCGUUGUGCCGUAUGAGGGUGUGCUGGUGUCUUCGCUGAGCGAUGAGCAGCAGGGCCUCGUAGUGCAGAUCAUAGAGCAAUAUCUGCUCUAUCUCCCCGCCAAAGCACGCGAGUUGCACAUGAACGACGUCAAGGCCGUCUUCGACGAGACGUAUUUCAGCUGGAUUGGCGGCAACGGUGAUAACGACCCGUUUUACUACCGCAUCCAGAGCCCCGUUAUUAUCGUCGAGUUUGACCAUCAUUCCGGCGUAUUUUUGACAAAUAGCGAGCCAGCCAAGUUCCAUAUUCAUACGCUUUUGAGGACGCCGAAUGCGGGCGAUUAUGGAUGGGCUUUGCGGAGUCAGAUCGAUGCUUUGCAUCAGGAUUAUGUGUGGGAGGGAUAGAUUCCAUGUCUGCAUGUCUGGGGUGAAGUCAGGGCCUUCUUAAGUAUAAAUAAAUUAUCGCUUGGAUUCUGGAUAUGUAUGGGUGUUUCGCGGUACAUGCCUUGUCAGACAAUCGCCCGGAUGUCUCGACUACUUUUUCGUUAGUCAGUCUUGAGGAACUUCAUGCUGCUCAA